CGCAGCCCAACAGACCCGAAUUCGUCACGGUCCAGAUCGGUCGUCGUCGGCUACUGCCCGUUGGUCAGCCUGUUCGCCGCCGACGUCGCCGCUGCUGACUCCGAUUCGUCACCCGUGUCCACCACAGACGCUCGGCGCUGCUGCGUCGUCGCUGCUGCGUCGUCGCUGCUGUGCAGUCGAAGCCACUGCAAAGCAAUUCCGCCGUUCAAUUCUAGAUGGAUCAAGUUAAAGAUGGAGAAAUCACAAGACCGGAGGCAUCCGAACGGAAGCACCUCCCCCGGCAUGCCCCGGAGAAAGGCGCCAACACCGCGAACGUCGAUCUAUCAGAAAAGAGAAGCAAAGGAGCUAAAGAAAGAGGCGGAGGGCGGUUUGGUUAGGUUUUUGCCGCGUAGCAUGAGCAAGACGGAGGAGGGGCCGAGGAGAAAGCGGUCAGCGUCGACUUCUCCUUCUGCGUGGGCCUUGUCGCCCGGCAGAUCGCUUUCUUCCCCGUCUCCGGAGCCCGAGAAGCUAGCGAAACGGGAAGCGAGAAGCGGUGUGAGUGGGGUUUUGAAGUACUUCAGGCAGAAGAAGGUUUCACCUUUAUUGGAAGAAGAGUACCAUCAGUACCGCCUGAUGUACAACAGGCUGUUGCAGUGGAGAUUUGCGAAUGCUCGGGCUGAAUCUUCCAUGGCUAACGUCAACAGAGCGGCUCAGGGAAAGUUGUUGAAUGGGUUGAUAAAAAUUUCAAUGAGGAGAAAGUUGAGAACAGAGAAACGAUGUGAAAUUGAGAAGCUGAAACAAGGAAUAAAGUUAGUGCAGAUAUUGAGGUCGGAAAUGGGAAUGCUGAAUGAAUGGUGUAGAAUUGAGGGUAGGAAUAUGGAGGCUGUUGGAAGAGUUGUCAGAAAACUAUCCGCCAUUUCACUUUGCGUUCCUCUUGUCCAAGACGCACAGGCAGAUGUGAUGGCCUUCUAUGACGCUAUAUCCACCGCCACUCAAGUCAUGGGAUAUAUCGAAGAAAGUAUCAUGGAUAUGUACUGCCAGGUAGAGAAGACGUGUUUUCUAGUAACGGAGCUGUCGGUGAUGCUCAAGCAGUACAAACAAUUAUUCCAAGAACUGGAAAACCCAGUUUUACUCGUUGCAUCACUUGAGGUACGCCGUUGCCAAUGUACGUUUUCUUUUCUUUUCAUUUCUUUUCUUCUCUUCUGCUCCGAAUAUGAAGAGAUAACAUUGAGUACUAGCAUAGUUGCUGGUCGUGGGGCCUCUAAUGAGAGGUUGUACACCAAGAUGUCGUCAAAGAAGACGAUCACAAAUUCACUCAGUGAAAUAUGUGGUUCAUGGCAGGUUGGAAAGAGGAUGGCGCAUUUGUGA